GACGCCAUACCAGUGAUGAUCCGAUGAAUGUUUUUGUGACUGUAAGCAUCUCUGGUAGCGGGAGUUCGAGUGGUAAACUGACAUUUUGAAAACAAGUGGGUAUUACAAAGGUUUACGGAAACACAAUGGAUUAUGGAGAAGAAUGUGAACAGCUAAUAUGCACUGUUGCGCAUUGUAGAAAAGUGUACCCAGAAGCUUGUUCUGAAAGCUUAAUAAAGACUAAAAGAUUGAAACUUAAUUCUGUGAUAGAUGCAGAAUUUAAAAUAAAUAAGCAAGAUGACCUACAAGAAAUUACCUCCACGUCUUGUGCUGUUGAUUUAGAGAAAUGCAUGUCUGAUGUCGUGGAGAUGUGUGCCACUCACAAAGAGAUCUGUAAAAAGCUUGAUGAAGUUACCAACUCCUUAAAGGAUAUCAGUGAUGUUUUACAAAUAAGAGAUAAGCAGGUGGAUAUGCAACGGCUUUUACGGAAAUGACCUUGAUAGUGUGGAUGCAUGGAGAAGUUUUGCUGGUACUGUGGCAGUGGAGAACCACCUCCAAGGGAACUGAUAGCAGUGCAUUUCCUUACUAACUGCCAGUUGGAUCUGUUGAAGGCGUGGAUGACUUGGUGAGAAAAUCUGUUAAAGCUCAUUAAAAGAGUGAAAGUGCUCGUGCAAAAUACCAAACAUUGAAAAAGUGAAACUUUAUGUCUGAAAAUGAACUGCAAGGUCCGGUGCAAUUUGACUUUUUGCAACCCAUGGUCAUUUAUUCUUUGAAGCAAGAAAGGACUAGUACAAAGUGACAUGUAUCUUAGAAUGUAAAUGUUUGUUUUUAUCCAAAAAGGACAUCACAUAUGAUGACGAUGCCUAUUUUUAUUAAAAAUAUAUUUUGUGCCUUUGUACAAUACAUUUUAUGUAAAUAUUUUGUAUGGGAAGUUUUCAAUGGCCAGUUCAUAUAAGUAGAAACUGAAAAACAUAUGUACUGUAGUUUUUGAUAAGGAGAUUUCUUAGGUAAUAUUAUUUUGUGUGUGAAAUGUUAAACCCACUUUCUGGGGUCACUUGUGGUCAUUGAAUUGCCCAGUUAGCUGUUUGCAAUAUCUAUCUGGUCAAUCCAAUGAGAGGAUAAUGUGACGAUGCAGGCUGGGAUCUCUUACUUCCUCUCCUGUUUUGCCAUCUGCCUCCUUAAAUUAAUUUUAUUUUCAUUUUUGCCUAAUUGCCAUUAACAUGCAUGAGUGUAAUCUGCAUUUCUAUAAAAGAGAAAGGCUUGGCCUCAGUCUUAAGGAAUAUAGCACCAGGUGUAAUUUUGUGUUUAGUUUUGUGUAUGUAAUUAAUUUCCUAAUUUAUUUUGACCAUUCCUAGUUACUAUCUUUUGCUACAGAUCAUUAUAGGGUGAAAUCAGUCAUUGUUUCAUUACUUAGAUUCUACUGUUGACUUAUAAACAAAUAUAAAAUCUGUACUAAUUAAAGACAUUUGGAAGAGGAACUACUAGAAUUCCUAAAAUAUUUCUCUGACUCUAUUUGAAAACAUUAGCAAAGCCAGCCCUUAAUUAAUUCCAAAAUAAUUACCAGGUUUGUCAAAAGUAUUGUUUAUAUAACUAUAUAUGUUAAUUUUGUUAUUUAAACAAAUAACCUUUGUGGUAGAGGGAACUAUUAAAAAGAGGGAAUUUUUCGAUGUAUGCAGUUAGAUGUAUCAAUUAUGUUUUAAUUUUAAUUUCUGUAACUUAAGCAUUGAACAAUGUAUAGUUUCAGUGCCUAUUAUUGUGAGGAUGUAUAAAGGGCCGAUUUUUGGCCCCAAGACAGUCAGUCCACGGCAGAUUUUCGGAUGUGAAACAUGUAUUGCUUAGAUCGACAACAAUGUAUCAACUAACAGUGGAAUAAGUGUAACACAGAUAGGCCGUGUGUUAGAACUAUUAAUGACAAUGUCUGUUUAAUUUAUUUGAAAAAUAGUGUCACAAGUACUGUAUUGUUCUGCAAGAACUGUGAACUGUGUGGUUUGGUGUUUACUGUUGAUAGAUGUUCAACAGCAAACUAUUGUAGCAGUAUGCUACUGCAACCUAUUAAUGAGGCUUGUCAACAUUUACCAAUAGUGAACUGGCCACAUAAUUGUGUAAUAUUGGGGGUUUGUGAACAGUGAAAAUAAAUAACUGUGAAACACAA